AUGGCGGCGGUGGUGGCGCGGUCGGAGGUGGAGGCGAUGGUGCAGCUGCUGGGCGCGGACAAGGCCAGGCAGCGCGAGGAGGGCUUUAGGAGGCUGCAUCGCUACAUGCACGACUCGUGCAUGCUGUCCUUCUGCACCGCUCUGGACCGAGCGCUGUGCACGGCCAUCAACAGGGACGUGCUCGCCACAAACGCCACGCGCACGCGCCGCACCCACAGGCAGGAAGCAGCGAGGGAGCUGCGGAGGCUGAUAGAGGCGGCAGAUGAGAGAGGUGCUGUGAGGGAGAGGGGGGGAGGAAGGGGGGGUGUGAGAGGGAGUUGGAGGGGUUUGCAUGCAGAGGGGGGUGGGUGGGUGGAUGCAGUGAUACCCCCACCCCCUCUAGCGCUCACCCCUUGUGCCUCAGCAGCAGGGUGUGCACGGCGUGGUGGGCACGGUGUGUCAGCACAUAGCAGCCACACUAAUCGUCUAAUUCUCCUUCCUCCUUUGCUCCCCUCCCCUGCCUUCCCAGUCCCCCCACCCCCACUGGGCGCCCACCCCUUGCGCCUAGCCAACAGGGUGCGCACACUGUGCCAGCACAUAUCAACCACGCUGCCCCUGGCGCCCUCCUUCCUCACCGACUACUGUCACACGCUGCUCGCGCUGCUUGCCGUGCCUGACUAUGCGCUCUGCAUCACCCACACCAAGACACUGCGAGAGCUCAUCACAUUCUUUAUGAGCCACCUGGAGCUGGCAGUUGGAGCAGCUACCGCCACCACAACACCAGGAGUGCUCCUCCCGCCCGCGUCGGCAUCACCUGCUGCUGGUGCCGCUACAGUGUCCAGUCUGGAGGCCGCUUCCUCCGUGCUGGCGCUGACUCGCUGUGCUGCGGGCGGAGCCUCCCUGAAGGUGCAGCAGCAGCGCGACAUGGUAGCCAGCUUUACCCGCAUCUUCACUCACCUCAGUGACGACGGCCGGUUGGCACGCAAGCUGCUGGCGUGUGGGGCAGCCUUCCUCGCAGCGUGUGGGAGGGGCCUUGCUGCAGCAGGGGAACUGGCGGGGCUGCUAGGUGCACUCAGGGGCUUUGUGGUGCGCACGUGGCACUGCACUCGGGAUGAGAAUGUCAUGGAGGGCCUCGUUCUCUCUGCGCGCAUGCUCGUGCGCCUCACAGCAGGAGGGGAACUGCACGACGGCGAUGAUGGGAGCGAGGAGGGGGCGGAGGGGGCACCGCUGGCAGCAGGAGGGGGUGGAGGGGGCAGCAGCAAGGUGCAGAGCGAGUUGCAGAGGGAGGUGCAGAGGGAGGUGCAGAGGGAGGUGCUGUUGCUGGUGGUGAAGGAACUCUCGCGCUCCUCCACUGCUGCUAGCACCACUGCCUCUGCCAGCCUGCUUCGAGGGUGCGUGGCGGGGCGGCUCCCCCAGCAAUGCACUGCUUCCCUCCCUGUACGCCUCACUGCUUCCCUCCCUGUACGCCUCACUGCUUCCCUCCCUGUACGCCUCACUGCUUCCCUCCCUGUACGCCUCACUGCUUCCCUCCCUGUACGCCUCACUGCUUCCCUCCCUGUACGCCUCACUGCUUCCCUCCCUGUACGCCGCACUGCUUCCCUCCCUGUACGCCUCACUGCUUCCCUCCCUGUACGCCUCACUGCUUCCUUCCCUGUACGCCUCACUGCUUCCCUCCCUGUACGCCUCACUGCUUCCCUCCCUGUACGCCGCACUGCUUCCCUCCCUAUACGCCUCACUGCUUCCCUCCCUGUACGCCUCACUGCUUCCCUCCCUGUACGCCUCACUGCUUCCCUCCCUGUACGCCUCACUGCUUCCCUCCCUGUACGCCUCACUGCUUCCCUCCCUGUACGCCUCACUGCUUCCCUCCCUGUACGCCUCACUGCUUCCCUCCCUGUACGCCUCACUGCUUCCCUCCCUGUACGCCUCACUGCUUCCCUCCCUGUACGCCUCACUGCUUCCCUCCCUGUACGCCUCACUGCUUCCCUCCCUGUACGCCUCACUGCUUCCCUCCCUGUACGCCGCACUGCUUCCCUCCCUGUACGCCUCACUGCUUCCCUCCCUGUACGCCUCACUGCUUCCUUCCCUGUACGCCUCACUGCUUCCCUCCCUGUACGCCUCACUGCUUCCCUCCCUGUACGCCGCACUGCUUCCCUCCCUAUACGCCUCACUGCUUCCCUCCCUGUACGCCUCACUGCUUCCCUCCCUGUACGCCUCACUGCUUCCCUCCCUGUACGCCUCACUGCUUCCCUCCCUGUACGCCUCACUGCUUCCCUCCCUGUACGCCUCACUGCUUCCCUCCCUGUACGCCUCACUGCUUCCCUCCCUGUACGCCUCACUGCUUCCCUCCCUGUACGCCUCACUGCUUCCCUCCCUGUACGCCUCACUGCUUCCCUCCCUGUACGCCUCACUGCUUCCUUCCCUGUACGCCUCACUGCUUCCCUCCCUGUACGCCUCACUGCUUUUCUGGAUGUGCGGGCAGUGACAGCAGCGUCCAGGUCAUCGCUGCACGCAUCAUCCUCCGUGGCGCAAUCCCAUUGGCCAAUCAUGGACCUCGCUGCCUCGCUCCUCUCCCAGGUGCCAUCGCCUCACCUCCUCUCCUUCCCAACAUUCCCCCUUCUCCCGCCAUUACUCACUCUAUCUCCUCCCCUCCCUUCCACCUUUGCCCGCCACCUCUCAUGUCAUACAUUCACUCUCCCUCCGUCCCCGCUCCCUUCUCCCCCAUACUCCCUUCUUGCUCUCUUGUUCUCGUCCCAUUGCGGCGGCGUGGGAGCAGGAGCACUGGCAGGUGUAUGUGUGGGCGCUGCUUAUGAAGGCAGUGGUGGUGGUGCGGGUGGCUCCUCGGCACUGCUCCCUGGUGAGGCACUGCUCCCUGGUGAGGCACUGCUCCCUGGUGAGGCACUGCUCCCUGGUGAGGCACUGCUCCCUGGUGAGGCACUGCUCCCUGGUGAGGCACUGCUCCCUGGUGAGGCACUGCUCCCUGGUGAGGCACUGCUCCCUGGUGAGGCACUGCUCCCUGGUGAGGCACUGCUCCCUGGUGAGGCACUGCUCCCUGGUGAGGCACUGCUCCCUGGUGAGGCACUGCUCCCUGGUGAGGCACUGCUCCCUGGUGAGGCACUGCUCCCUGGUGAGGCACUGCUCCCUGGUGAGGCACUGCUCCCUGGUGAGGCACUGCUCCCUGAAUUCAAAGCCCAGCCGUACUCUACUUCCGCCAGUCUUGCUUCUCCUCAAACCUUCCUUCUUCCAGCACUUACCGCUCUCUUCGUUGCUUCUGCAUCUCUUACCCCUCCCUCCAUCCCUCCCCCCUCCCUCCAUCCCUUCCCCCUCCCUCCAUUUCUCCCCGCUCCCUCCACCCCUCCCCUUUCCUCACGUCUCUCCCCCAUUCCUCCAUCUCGUGCCUCUCCCUCCAUCGCCCCCGCUCCCACCACCUGCAGGCUAACAGCCCUGUGUGUGCUGCUCUGCGACCACAGCCACUCCAUACCGCCACACACCCUGCACCGCUGGCUUGCCCUCCUGCACUCGCACCUCGCCAGGCGCUUCUUGAGGCGCCACAAGUCCGCUGUCUGCGUGUGUACCUCCGUGCCUCCGGGGCAGCAGGUGGAUGCAGGAUGCGCGGCACAAGGGCGACUUUUGAGUCGACUCAAAAGUCAGCCCGCCCCUGCUUCCCAUGUGCAUGCCUGUGGCCCUUUCCCAGAGCAGGUGGAUGCAGGAUGCGAGGCACAAGGGCUCGUUGCCAACACCCAUCUGGGCGCUCAGUCAGCAACAGGGUGCCUGCAGCAGCUGUGCACGCUGCUCACCGCUCCUCACCCUCUGCAUCGGUCAAGCCAAGUUCCUCUCAGCAGCAGCCCCGCAGCAGCUUCACCACAGCACCCGCAGCACCCUCCUCCGCAGCAUCUGUCGCUUGCUGCUCUGUGGCAGAGCGUGUGGGGCGAGGUCACUGCUGCUCUCCCUGCGCUGCCUCUUGCAUUGGUGGAGCCAUGCCUCUCGCUCCUCUCCACCUUACUGCAAGCGGUGAGUGCAGGUGCCAUGUGCCAUUUGCAACCAU